AUGGCGUCGAUCUACACCUGCAACGAAUGCGGCACCAAUCUCAGCCUUCAUUCCGCUAAUCUCUUCCCUCCCGACUUCUACUUUGAGGCUGGCAACAAAGGCACUCUCUCUUUCGCAGCCAUAGACUCCUCCAAAUUCAGAUUCGUCAAAGAAGAUAAGAUCAGACCCUUUUUCGAGACAAUUAAUUACUGGGGGAUUCAGAGAAAACGAACUAAACUUCUUUGCAAUAGUUGCGGUCGUCUCGUCGGGUAUCUUUACGAUGAUGGCCCGCCGAUGAUGACUGGAACGGGGCAGUUUGGAUUUGGACCCAGUCAGGUUAUUCCUAGGGCUCCCAGUGUCGAGAUCUAUACUAUAAGAUCAUCCCAAGUAUACAAUAUUUACCUCUUGUUGUAUACGGUGGCACAAAGAGAUAAACGAACAUGGCAACCCCGUUUAUCCAAUUGGCGAAGAAUCACUCCAAUUUAUCUAAUCGGCAAAGAACUUCCCUCUAAAGUCUGGAUCGGAUCCAUAGGUGCUUGUCGUGAUAGACUAGAGAAUGCUGAUAAUCCCGAACCUAAGUGUAGAAAUUGUGAUAUACUCGAGCAUGAUAAUUAA